AAUUAGUCACCCCAGAUAACACAAUUACUUAAUUGUUAAUUAUAAUAAUAAUAAAAUAAUAACAAUAAUAAUAAAAUCAAAACUAAUUACUGAAAUAGAACGACGAUUACUAAUGUGUAUUAAUGGCCUCGUUUCAUAGGCUUAUUCAAUGUAGAUCCCAAUUUUGUUUUAAUUACCAAUGUCGCUGAUCAAAAAGUGAGUGGGAUUGAUAUAUGUAGUUGUUAGUUUUUGAAAAUUUUAUAAGCAAAACAAAAACAAUGACGGCUGAUCAUUUUUGUCUUAAAUGGAAUAAUUAUCCAUUAAAUAUGGUUACAGAACUAGACAGUCUUCGUACUAGUGAAGAUUUAGUUGAUGUUACAUUAUCAUGUGAUGGACAAUUAUUUAAAGCUCAUAAAGUAGUGUUAUCCAUGUGUAGCACUUACUUUCGUAAUGUUUUCAAGGAUAACCCAUGUAAACAUCCAGUUGUUAUAUUAAAAGAUGUUAAUCAAGAUGAUGUGAAAGCAUUACUUAAUUUUGUAUACCAAGGCACAGUGUAUAUUUCAGAAAAAAAAUUGACAUCUUUUUUACGUACUGCAGAACUUCUACAAAUUAGGGGUCUUGCAGGAGCUGCUUCAACUAUCAAUACAGAUUUAGAAUCAACAAGAACCAGCUUAGAAAAAAAUACUGUUCCUCCUUUACAGCAAAUUUCAACUAAUAAUAAUAAAAUUGAUAAACAAGAAACAUGUACUUCAACUGCUACUGUCAAAACUGAAUCACCUAAAUCUCCAAAUGGAAAAGUGUCUGCAAAACGAAAAAAGGGUUUACCUAUUAAAUUUAAAAAAAGUUCUGAAGAUGGUCUAGAAUAUAUGGAUGAGACUACUAAUGGUAGUGAAACAGAUAUUUUAAGUCGUCUUAAAGUUGAUGAAAUAGAUGAUAGUGGCAAUGGAGAUGGUGAUUGCUAUAUUGAUGAAGAUAUAUCUAAAGAUGGUUUUAGUGAUGAUCGUUAUGUUCAAGGAGCAGAUAUUGGAGAUGAGUUUGAUGAUGUUGAAUUAGAAAAAGAAGAUGAAAAUUCUCAUUCAAACACAGCUUUUGAAAAAUCUCUUAUUGCAUCACGAAUGUUAAAUGAUCCUAAAGAUAUUCGUUUGAGUGGAUCGGGAGGAAUAGAUUUUGCUAUUGCUCCUGCUCAAACAAAUCAAUCAGUUUCAGAUCAGUCAUUAUCAACUGCAGACCGUCUUGGCCGCCGACCUUGUCCUUUAUGCCAAAAAGUGAUCUCUAAUAAAUCUAACUUAUUGAAACAUAUGCGAAUCAGACAUAGUGAUGAAUAUAACCCAGCUGGAUGUAGUGUUUGUGGAAAAGUAUUUAAAAAUAAAUAUAGUUUACGUGCUCAUAUCAAUAUCUAUCAUAAAGAUCAUUCAAAUAACACUAAUUUAGGAGGUGGUGGUAACCAAAAUGCCACUGCUUAUCAGGUAUAUAGUAAUAAUACUGUUGUUACUCAUCAACAGCAACAACACCAAAAUCAAAUGAUUCCACAACAGCAACAAAUUACCAACAAUAGUGGUACUUAUUUAACUGGUUCGUCAGCUGUUACAUGUUUUAACCAGUCACAAGUUACUGCAAACAGUACUAGUGGUGGUUAUAUUAUACAACAGCAACCAACAUCUUCCCCGUUCCUAAAUAAAAUAUCAUUGGAUCUCCCAUCACCAUAUCAAUUAACAAAUCAAGCUACAGCUGGCCCUCCUUUGUCACCACUUUAACAUUCAACUUAUCCAACCAUCUCAUUAGAUGAUGAAUAUUGUGUCAAUUUAUUUGUCUUAAAGAGCCUGAAUAAUUCUUUACUGUAUUAAUUUUCAAUGAUAAAAUAAUUUUUGAGAGACAAAUUAACCUACUUUGAUAACUAAUCAUUCUUCCUUUUUUAUUAUUAUUAUAUUAUUUUUUAUUAAUUUUUGUGUUUUCUUCUUUAGUUUCUUUAAUAUUAUAAUUACUUACUAAUGACAUAAAAAUCUAAAUUUUAUUAAUUUAUUUUACAAAAGUUCCACUCUAAAAAUAUUUUAGAUUGUCUAAAAUAUUUUAACAAUGUGUGCCAAUAACAAACUAGUUGUAAAAAUGAAAUCAAAUUUGUAUUUUAAUUGUAAAAUUAAUAUAAUGCUUGCAAAAGGCAGUAACCAUUUAGUAUCCAAUCAAGACCAAAUGACUCAAAGACUGAAAAAAGAAUAAAAAUAAAAACAAGAUAAAAUUGAUUAAUUUUAUUUUUGGAAAAUAACUAUGUAUUUUAUAAAUUAAUAUUUUUCAAAAUGUAUAAAUAUAUUUUAAUAUAUUGUCAUAUCAAUUAAGUUAUCUAUCAGUAAUUAAAAUAAUAUUUUUUACUAUUUACAACCGUUGAUAGACUUUCGUUGGGUAGA